CGCUAACAUUCCAGAUCCUUCUACACUCUUCUUCCCCGUUCUCCAAUGGCCCAGCUGCCAAAACCCUUUAAAAAUCCCCACUCAACUUUUUCCAUUCUUCAUCAUCAUCAUUCCAUAGAUUCACAAUUCCUCCUCGUCAAAAGCUUCAAUCUCCCCCUUUCUCCUCCAUCUUCGUAGCCGUCUCUGUCUCUCUGCGCGAGCUCAAAUUUGCUACAGCCAUGUCGUCCGACGCUGAAGUCCCGGAGAUCGCAGCUUUCUUCGAGAGGCUUCUCUCACGGAACAGAGACCUCUCUCUGUUCAUCCCUUUCAUGCUAGGGUUGGCCACCGCCCCAACCAGAGACGGGGGAGAAGAAGCAAACACGGACCAACAACAAGGCUCCGAUCAACCCAAUUCCAAUUCCGAUGCAGCGAGUUCAGGGCCGGUCGACAGGAUCGUCUUCGUCAACCCUUUCACCCAAAGCACGGUCAUGAUCGAAGGAGCUUCAGGUGGGUUCGAUUCUCUGCUUCGGGAUUGGCUGCUAGCCAGCCAGAGUAAUGGCGGCGGUGGUCAGCCGCCUGCUUCCAAGGCCUCGAUCGAAGCCAUGCCGACCGUCGAGAUUGGGGAAGAGGGUGGAAUUGAGGGCGAGUGUGUGAUCUGUUUGGAAGAGUGGAAGGCUGGGGAGGUUGUUAAGGAGAUGCCUUGCAAGCACAGAUUCCAUGGCGGUUGCGUGGAGAAGUGGUUGGGGAUUCAUGGGUCUUGCCCCGUUUGCAGGCACCAGAUGCCUGCCGAGGAGAAAGAUUCGUUGAAGAAGAUGGAGAGUGAUCGUCAGCAACAAGAGGGACAAGAAGGAGCUGGUGGGGAAGAAAGGAGGGAGAGGAGGAGGACUCCAAGGGAGAUUUGGGUUAGCUUCACUAUUGGUGCUAGAACGACUGGUUCUGGUGACGCUACUGAUUCCGCCCCAAAUUCUGGCUCAGUCUGAGAUUAGGGUUAGAGAUUGAUUUACAAAGAAUUCAAUUUUCGUGCUUGUUUUGUUUGUUCUUGGUUCCUCAUUUGUUACGCUGUACAGGGCAAUAAUGUCGAGAUUGUUCCUCUCUCUUUCUAUGAAUAUAUAAUUGGAUGGAUAGUUUGGUUAUAUAUGAAAUUGAGCUGAAAACAUGUAUUGAUCAUAUUUUCGUCUGCAACUAUCAACCCAUCAACUCAAUACACACUAAAAUCCUUAUCAACAACUGACACAACACCACACCCACCAUGGUAAUUGAGAAAGGUCGCAACUUUAUUUCUGCAGAAGUCUCUCAAUUCUUCACCAGACUGUGACCCAGCAACCCUUUUAAGCAAUUGAGCCAUCUUCACUCAUUGAUUCAUGUCUUUGUGCUUCGUUGGGUAUUUGAAUAACUAUACAUGGUUUCUUCUAGAUUCUGUGGUCUUUAGUUCUUGCUUGCCUUUGGAUUCUGGCAAUGCCAUUGUUGCCUUUGGAGCUCACUGGUCGGUUGCCGCCUUCGACUAUGAAAUUGAAUCCUUUUGUUGUCCCUGCAACUUGUGUGCGCCGGGAAUCGGUUUUUGCUGGUUUGGAGCAACCAGAAGUGCGAUUCCGGGGUUUUCCAUUCCAUGACCAACCUUGCUUGAGUUCAACACUAAUGGGAUGCCGAGUUGGUGAAGAUGGGAUGUACAAGGCCGCUGCGCAGAAGGAUCUGUGGGCUGCCUAAAGCCCCAUCUGACAACAAUAUCACAUCGCUGCCAAGGUGGUUGAAAUAAGCUUCAUAAGCCUGA